CUUACUGAACAUAUCUGAUUCACUGACCUUGAAGUAAAUGGCGGUCGAACUAGUUCCAGAUGCUCCGUGGUAUUUUGGAGAAAUAAGCAGAGAAAAAGCUAAUGAGAUUCUGAUUGAUCAGCCUGUUGGAACAUUCUUGAUACGUGACAGCACUACGAAGUCUGGUUACGUGCUUGCGAUAAAAGAGGCGAACGAAGUCAAGCGUUACUUACUUACAUGGGCACCUCAACUGAAGAAGUUCAAGUUUGGCGACACUCUCUAUUCUUCGCUCGAUGAGUUAGUUAGACUUCAUACUUCACACUCUUCGAGUACUCGUAUGAGACAGCCAGCCCAGAAGGCUACUUAUGCUGCUUUAUAUUCAUUCCAAGCACAGGUUAUAACUUCUCUCUCCUCGUUAUUUUUAGGAAGAGGGAGAUUUGUCUUUUCAGAGGGGAGAUUUGUUGACGUUCAUAAGACAAAAGCGGGAGUGGAUUCUAUGUAAAUCAGGCGACAACCGUAUCGGUUGGGUCCCUUCAAAUUAUUUAACUCCGGUGAGUAAUGUAGUUUCUUUGGAUUAAUGGCAAAAAUGUAUCUUGUGUUUUUACUGCACGCAAUCUGUAAUUCAAAAAUAGCUUGAAUGUCAUGAAUAUAUCUUACCUCAGAUCUCAGUGUUUUACUGAUCAGUUUUACAAUUUCCUAUCUCGUUACAACUUAAUUUAGCAAGUCCUAGAAACUAAAUAGAUGUUCAUGUAUUUAGUUUUGAUUUAAUUCUUCAUCUAAAUGGUUGUAUGAAUGCUCGACUGUCGUACCUGAGGUAAAUAGGGGAUAACAAUCAAGUUGUUGGGAUUCAGGUACUUUGAUCACUAAGCCAGCUUUCCGCUUGUGAGAACCAGUCUUAUCGCUCAACCCUAAAUCGUUUUUGGUCCACUGUGUUGAAACUAGAUGUUACAUCUGUUGUAACGUCUCGGUUACGUUAACAUACAGACUCGGUUUGUUUUAAAAAAUAAGCUGGACUAAGACUCAACAAUAUCGGCGAUUCAAUAGUUUAUGGACAAACCAGUGAAAAUAAGGAUAUGAAGUUUUGAGUUUAGCUCAACAUUUACUCACCCAUAUAAUUAAAUGGCAUUAUUGAUUAUAGCUGAUGUCAGUUCGUGAUGAAAACCCUUACUUUGAUUUCUAACCGUAAGUCCCUAUUGCUCAUAUUAAUUUGUAGUCCUCUUUUGACCUUGGUAAAUAGAUGAGUUGUCUUAAAAUCAGUAGCAUCGUUCAAAAUUCACCCAUAAAUUUUAUUACCAUCACAAUAUCCUUCAUAUUAUUUACUGUCGUUUCCAUGACAUCCCUUUUUACCUAGUUUACGCCUGAAAUCGUUGCUAGAUUAAAGGGUCUUGGUGACCAACUUGGUUUAACCUAUUGUCAUAUGCUGAAAUCUGUUCAGUUACCAGCUACUGGAAAGGUUGUAAGGGCUAGAAAUCCCAGUAUCUUCGCAACAAAUCACUUGAAAGUGGAGGUUAGUUCGUCUUUUAGAUGUUCCAAACGUUAUAUUUAAAUCACUUCACGAUAUUACUUGUUGUAGAUUAAAUAAUACGGUAAUCCAAAGUGCUGUUUUUCAGUUUGUGGUUGGGAAUAAAUUCAGGUUGCUGGUAUUCCUUUGUAUGAUUCUUCAAAUUAAUUUUUACGUGUAGCAAAAUGCAAUAGCCAAUACAGUCUUCAGUCUUUAUUGACCAAGGUGUCUAGGGGUAUGUAAUAUAUCUCAGGCAUCACCUACUAUGAAGUAGAAAUAAGUUGGAAAUGAAUGUAUGUAACUUGACCAAAACGUAGCAUCAGUUCAUGAAACCAUUGGCCAUUAUACUAAGUCAUGCAAGCAGUUCCAGACUUGCAAGUUAAAGUUCUCAAGGUAAUCUUAAUCUAUAGUUAUAGAAUUUGAGUGAUGUCGGUCAAAUUUGGUUUAAAUCCCAGUUUAUAUUCCUCACAACCAUAGUUCAUUUCCUUUCCAUGACAUCUCUGGUGUUGUUCUUUUAGGAAAUUUAACUUUCGUUCUCGGCUUGUAUGCCAUUUAUUUCAUUAUUAAUCCCACCCAACUCAUCCACUUCAUCUUGUUUUCUCCUUAUGUACUUAUGUAAAGCGUAACACUUUAUAUCUGUGUACAUUUGAAUCAGACCCUACGUAGCUAACAUCUAUAGAAAGCCUGAGAAACAUGACGUUUUAACAUAUAUAUGUACUGUAGGUCCUUAAUAUGUAUGUUACAAAACUGUAAUCAGAUUGAUCAGGAUUUGCCUGGUGUUAGUUUAGGUGAUUUCUCAUUAAAAAGUCCCUUUCUCUUGUACUAGCAGAAAUUACAAGUAACUUACUUUUAGACUAUUCUUGUUAAAUCCGAUAUAAUGGUGAAGCCUACCAGUUUGGCUCUACUUCAUUGGAGAAUUAGAAACCUGCAAAAUUAGUUUCGUCUGAUCGUUCGUGACAUCAAAUUACGUUAUUUUCGUGAAUGCUUUUGUAUACAAGCCUGUAGUUUUAUUUGGUAAAAAGCCCUAUUCCUCUAGAUAAUGGUCUUUUAAUUUGUAAUUAUUCACAGUCGUAUGUCAGUAAUUCGAUCUCAUGGGCAGUCAUCACUCGUCCACAUUGUACCAAUACAUUUCAUGUAUUGGCAAUACUCUGUUUAUUUGUUUUAGCAACUACAGACCAGGUUCACCAACCUGUAAAUUCCUGAUCCAUAACCUCAUUAGCUUUUCUGUGCGCUGCAAUCGGCAAACUAUAUUUAACUUAUACCGCGUACUUUUUUGUUACAUUCCUCAGUUGCAGUUACAAAUGUUAUGCUAACCUUUGAAUCUUUCUUGAAGAAUGUGGGCUUGUACCCCCUAGUUUAUACGUUUUUCCAGGUAGUUACCUACAUUUUAAAGUUAAAACUAUUUCGUACAUGUCAGUAUAUUUAAUGAUAAAGUUUAUUUGCAAUCACUAUUCACAUUAUACCUUGCAGUGCGAUGAUGAAGUUCAAAUCAGGAAACUACUUCCUGAUGGAUUCUGUGAGGUAUGGCGAGAACGUGAUCAAGUUGGCGGCUUAGUACCAAUUAAUUUCCUUAAGAUUGAAUGUAAUUAAUAAAUAACAAUCAUAUUUUGACUAUUAUUCAUUGAUGAGGUUGUGAUUUGAUUUCAUAAUGUCAAAUUAUACUUUUCUGAAACUUCUCUAUUUUUCAGUCGUACUUAAUCCUGUGCAUAUAUGUUUGUUUGCUUUUGUAACCAUAGACUGUUUGAAAUGUUAGACAAAUAUUUUUAUAUGAGUAUAUUUACAGGAAGGUCAGUGCAUGAAUACAAAACAUAUUCUUAUUGGCCCUAGUGUCAAGACAAGUUUUCAUUCCUAUUUGUCUUAGCUUGACUUGAAAUACAACAGAUUUCAAGUACUAAAUUGUUUAAGUCCCUGAACAUGUAUUAUGAUACUACAAUGAUUUACGGAGUUGUUUUGGAUUUAAGUUGUAUUGAAUUUGGCGAUAUCUUACUAAGGUUUGCGAGACCAC